GAACACCCCGGGGCAAAAUGGCGUUGGAGUCUCGAUCGCUGCCCCGGGUCUUGCAGAGCUCAGGUGUAUUGGGUUAAGGCGGCAGUACCUUCGGCUCCGACCCCGAGCGCUGGGGCUUCUAGCGGAAAAAGGUCUACAUCCUACGGGUAGCGAGUGGGAACACGGUUGUGGGUUCACAGGGUGGUGGGGCCGGGGACUUGGAGAGGUGGCCCUGGGGCCGGGUCCCUGCCUCACCUGGUCGGAGGUGCAGGUGCUAGCGGCUGGCAUUUACGUUUAAGGGUAGGCUCUCCGUAGCCUUUUCCACCUCUUUUCAUUUCUGGGCCUUUAUAAACGUACUAACUACGGGUGGAAAAUAUUUGUUAUUGUGGUUGUUGAUACCAAGGCAAGACGCCGGGUCUUAGGAGCCACCGAAACCGGAGUUCGAAUCCUGUUUUCUCGCUGUGCGACCUUGGGUUCCAAUAACCUAUAGAAGAUGUUAACCAAGGGCUUGCUACAGUCCUACAGAGAAGACAGGCACCUCUGGAGUGAGAAGCUGCCCUUGGCAAUGAGUCCUCUGCCAGAUCACUAAUGGUUACUUGGCAUUUCUGCGACACAAGCAGGUCCUCAGGGUUUGUGCACGUCUGCAAACAUGUUCACCGUUUCUCAGACCUCGAGAGCAUGGUUCAUCGAUAGAGCCCGGCAGGCUCGAGAGGAAAGGCUUGUGCAGAAAGAGCGGGAGCGCGCAGCCGUCGGGAUUCAGGCCCACGUCCGGAGUUUCCUUUGUCGGAGCCGACUGCAGAGAGAGAUCAGGAGAGAGAUCGAUGAGUUUUUUAAAGCAGAUGAUUCUGGGUCCAGUAAAAGAAGUGCACUAUGUAUUUUUAAGAUUGCCAGGAAACUGCUGUUCUUGUUCAGAAUUAAAGAGGAUAAUGAGAGAUUUGAAAAGUUGUGUCGAUGCAUCCUGAGCAGCAUGGAUGCUGAGAAUGAACCCAAGGUGUGGUAUGUGUCCCUGGCUCUUUCUAAGGAUCUCACCCUCUUGUGGAUUAAACAGAUCAAGGACAUUCUCUGGUAUUGCUGUGAGUUUCUUAAGCGGCUCAAGCCCGAAAUCUUACAAGACUCCAGACUCGUCACGCUGUACCUCACGAUGCUUGUCACCUUCACAGACACUUCAACAUGGAAAAUUCUCCGGGGAAAAGGUGAGAACCUUCGACCAGCCAUGAACCACAUUUGUGCAAAUAUAAUGGGACACCUCAACCAGCGUGGAUUUUAUUCUGUGCUGCAGAUACUGUUAACCCGUGGCCUGGCGAGACCUCGGCCUUGUCUGUCCAAAAGCACUUUAACAGCAGCCUUUUCUCUAGCGCUGCGCCCUGUGGUUGCUGCGCAGUUUUCAGACAAUCUGCUUCGGCCGUUCCUGAUCCACAUCAUGUCUGUGCCUGCUCUCGUGACUCAUCUUGGCACAGUGACCCCCGAGCGCCUUGCUGUUCUGGAAUCUCAUGACAUGCUUCGUAAAUUCAUCACAUUUUUGAGAGAGAAGGAUCGAUGCCGUGAUGUCUGUGAAAGUUUAGAAGGAUGCCAUACGCUUUGUCUAAUGGGCAACCUCCUGCACGUGGGCUCCCUCAGCCCCAGGGUGCUGGAGGAGGAGACAGACGGCUUUGUGAGUCUGCUCACCCAGAUGCUGUGCUACUGCCAGAAGUAUGUGUCCCAGAAGAAGUCCAACCUGACCCACUGGCACCCUGUCCUUGGCUGGUUCUCCCAGUCUGUGGACUACGGCCUUAACGAGUCCAUGCCCUUGAUCACCAAACAGCUGCAGUUCCUGUGGGGGGUGCCUCUGAUCCGGAUCUUCUUCAGCGACAUCCUGAGCAAGAAGCUGCUGGAGAACCAGGAGCCGGCGGCCCACGCGCAGCCGGCAUCCCCACAGAACGUGCUUCCCGUGAAAAAUCUCCUGAAGCGCGCAUUUCAGAAGUCUGCGUCAGUGCGGAAUAUUCUCAAGCCUGUCGGGGGUAAACGUGUUGACUCUGCGGAGGUACAGAAGGUUUGCAACAUCUGUGUCCUCUAUCAGACCUCACUGACAACUCUGACCCAGAUCCGGCUGCAGAUUCUCACAGGUCUCACUUACCUUGAUGACCUGCUGCCCAAACUGUGGGCGUUUAUCUGUGAGCUGGGGCCCCACGGAGGAUUGAAGCUCUUCUUGGAAUGCCUCAGCAAUGACACCGAAGAGUCUAAGCAGCUCUUGGCCAUGCUGAUGCUGUUCUGUGACUGCUCCCGGCACCUCAUCACGAUCCUUGAUGACAUUGAAGUUUAUGAAGAACAAAUUUCAUUCAAACUGGAAGAGCUGGUCACCAUCUCCUCCUUUCUGAAUUCCUUCGUGUUUAAGAUGAUCUGGGAUGGAAUCGUAGAGAACGCCAAGGGCGAGACCUUGGAGCUGUUCCAGUCCGUCCACGGGUGGCUGAUGGUGCUGUAUGAGCGCGACUGUCGGCGGCGCUUCGCCCCCGAGGACCACUGGUUGCGAAAGGAUCUCAAACCUAGUGUGCUCUUCCAAGAGCUGGACAAGGACAGAAAACGGGCACAGCUGAUCCUGCAGUACAUCCCUCAUGUCAUUCCACACAAAAACAGGGUUCUCCUGUUCCGAAACAUGGUUACCAAGGAGAAGGAGAAACUGGGGCUUGUGGAAACCAGCUCCGCCUCCCCUCAUGUCACUCACAUUACUAUCCGCCGGUCCCGGAUGUUGGAGGAUGGCUACGAGCAGCUCCGGCAGCUCUCCCAGCACGCCAUGAAGGGCGUGAUCCGCGUGAAGUUCGUUAAUGACCUCGGGGUGGACGAGGCAGGGAUUGACCAAGACGGCGUUUUCAAGGAGUUCUUGGAAGAGAUCAUCAAGAGGGUAUUUGACCCGGCACUCAACCUGUUCAAGACAACCAAUGGGGACGAGAGACUCUACCCUUCGCCCACAUCCUACAUUCAUGAGAAUUACCUGCAGCUCUUUGAGUUUGUGGGCAAGAUGCUGGGGAAGGCUGUGUAUGAGGGAAUUGUGGUGGACGUGCCCUUCGCAUCCUUCUUCCUGAGCCAGCUGCUUGGGCACCACCACAGUGUCUUCUACAGCUCUGUGGACGAACUGCCUUCCCUGGACUCCGAGUUCUAUAAAAACCUCACUUCCAUUAAGCGCUACGACGGGGACAUCGCUGACCUGGGCCUAACACUGUCCUAUGAUGAGGACGUCAUGGGUCAGCUCGUUUGCCAUGAACUGGUUCCUGGGGGGAAGACCAUUCCUGUUACAAAUGAAAAUAAAAUUAGCUACAUCCAUCUGAUGGCACAUUUUCGAAUGCACACUCAAAUAAAAAACCAGACAGCUGCCCUCAUUAGCGGAUUCCGUUCUAUUAUCAAACCCGAGUGGAUCCGGAUGUUCUCAACCCCUGAGCUACAGCGUCUCAUCUCCGGUGACAAUGCUGAGAUUGAUCUGGAAGAUUUAAAGAAGCACACAGUGUACUACGGUGGUUUUCAUGGAAGUCACAGGGUCAUUAUCUGGCUCUGGGAUAUUCUGGCCUCCGACUUCACGCCCAACGAGAGAGCCAUGUUUCUGAAGUUUGUGACCAGCUGCUCCAGGCCCCCGCUCCUGGGAUUCGCCUACCUCAAGCCUCCUUUCUCCAUUCGCUGUGUCGAAGUGUCAGAUGACCAGGACACCGGGGACACCCUGGGCAGCGUCCUCCGGGGCUUCUUCACCAUCCGCAAGCGGGAGCCAGGUGGCCGUCUGCCCACCUCCUCCACCUGCUUCAACCUGCUCAAGCUGCCCAACUACAGCAAGAAAAGCGUCCUCCGGGAGAAGCUGCGCUACGCCAUCAGCAUGAACACGGGCUUCGAGCUGUCCUAGCUCCCAGUCGUGGCUGCCUGCCCUCACAGACGCCUGGCCUACCAGGGACCUUCAGCUCUAGGCGGCGGCGUUCCCCUGAGAGUGUGGGUGGCAGUGGCCCCCAGAUCCUCUCUGUAGCCAUGAGACUCCCCUGUGGCCUCAAGAACUUUGGACACACAUGGUGACUCUGCACAACAUUCUCCAGGUGACACUAACGGGAAGUGGGUGUCGGAAAUAAACCGCCAGGUUCCGCCAGCAUUGGUCUUUUCCUACAUCCCGGUGGCCUGAAGCCCAGGUCUGUGAUUGCAGAAGGGCCUCUCUUUUUGAUAGUUUGGUCUUUGUGUGAGUCUCUCUUUCCUUAACGUUCUGAGUGAGCUGUGUGUGAACCAGGCCCAGGCACGCCAAGGCUCCAGAGAGGUUUUCGUGACAUGGGCCUGAGGGACAAAGCCUAGUAUGUGUGAGACGCUCUCCUUCCGUUUCUGAAAACUACUCAGGUAAGGCCUUGCCAAGCCUCUAUGCACCCAGCACAGCCUCUGCCUCCACCCCGUCCCCAGCAGCCUCUCUCCAGACAGCCAAGUCCACCUGCUCCCCAGGGAAGCCGAGGAGCCUGCUGGGAGGUCAGGAGCACAGGAAGUUCGGGGCUGCUCCCCCGGGAAGCCACGUGGCAGCCCCCCCUGCAGCCCUCGCCUCAGAGGCUCUGGGUCCCCCGCAGGCCGGGCUGCCGGGGAGCUCCACUGGCUCGCCUCUGCGUUCACACAGGCGCCCUGGGUUUGCCGGGAGAAACCUCUUGGCUCACAGAGCAGCUCCACUUCUCGAAGGCGUGGGCUGUGGCCCGGAGCCUGCAGAUCCCAAGGAGCAGCUGCCUUUCUCCUGCUCGUUUGCCCGCUCGUUAUGUAGGCAGGAACAAACAUGAGCUGACGGUAGCUGUCCCAUCAGCCAUAGAUUGUAAAAAUCCCAAGAAACUUGGGUCUCGCGCCCGUCCUUCUUCAGCACAGGGACCCCGGGAGCCCUUUGCACUGACUCAGCUCACGAGGCUCAGGAAACUCAUGGCCCUCUGGGUUGGUUUUCUUUGUUGUGGUUUUUUUUGUUGUUUUUUCAUUUUCUCUUUCAACCCAUUGCGCUCCUCUGUCCUCAUUCUUCAUCUUUACCACGAGAACUUGACUCUAGAUCCAGGGAAUCGAGGCAAAGGCCGUGUUCAUGGUCUGUGUUGACAACCAUCCACCCUCGCCCACCUCAUCACACCUUUCAGCCUCCCCACCAGGAGACUGAGCCAGACAGGAGCCAGGGGUGCCGGUCCCUCCUCCGCUCUAUGGAGCGUCUCUCUCCCAAGCAGCAGAACGCCUUCCAGCCAGAACCUUCCUGUUGGCACAAAGUGGGCAGGCCCUGUCCCUGGGGCGCCUGUCAGAGGGCUCUGGCCGGGUGCCAGUGUCCAGUCCGCACCCAGGCCUGGCCGCGGGAGCGCCCCUGCUUCUGGAGAACAGGCUGUGUGUUAUUUUGAUGAAAAGACAGGAAUUUAUUAUUUAAGAUUUAUUAGUAACCUCUGAUUCUGUGGAUUUGUUACUUUCUGUAAAAGCUCAAUUCCUAUGAAGAUCUCUUCUGCGCAUGUAUGUGUACACCGAGCAGGUUUGUACAUUUGUGCUGGGGCCUAUGGCAUUGUCAACCUGCACAAAGAAAUGCGAUCCCAUCUUGAUUAUCACCUGAGAACCGUAUGUGGGAUUGGGGAGAGGGUGGUUUCGAAGCACCGACAUCAACUUUGUUUUUGUUUUUUUGACAAGGAGGGGUAGUUUGUAAUUUCAUUUAAAUUCUCUUCAACAGCUGGAAAUAUUGCACUAUCUAAAACACUAAAUCUGUACUUUCAUAGCUGGUGUUCAGUGACACCCCGAUGGCUCUUGAUGGCUCUAAAAGUUGUGGGUUUUUGUGUUCACAGAUAACUUAUGAACUAAAACGUGAUCAAAGGCUUUAUUAAAUUUGUACUU